UUUAGCUAUUUCUUUGAUUUCUUGUUUGAAUUGUUUAUUUUUUUGUGUGAUUUAAUUACAUUUACGACGAUAUACAUAUUUAUAUUCUUAAACAUGGUCGGGCACUGGUUGCUGAUGCAUGUGUUGCGUGCGAGGAUGCACAACAGAAAAAGGCUUCAAAUUAAACAAGAUCCUCAAAACUAUGAAAACACAAAACCGUCUGUUUUUGUAAGUAAUUUUCCUGUAAAAGUGGAAAUAUUUGAGUCGGAGAAUGUUCAAACAUGUCGGGUUUGCCUUCAAUCUGGUGAAAUACCUAUUUAUAGUGGAAAGAACGAGGAGUUAUCUGGGGCCUUGGCUACAUUUGGCGGUAUAGUAGUUGAAUCUGAUGAUAAGUACCCUAAGUUCCUUUGUACAUCUUGCCACGAAUUGCUACAAGGAGCAAUAUUGCUCCGGAAAACAGCACAACAAAGUGAUAAACUUUUAAGGCAGUCUGAAACUGAAAAUUUAUCAGAAAGUGCGGAAGCAGAGCAAAGCGACAAUAAUUCUGUCCCUGAUGAGAAAGAUGUCGAUGAUACCUGGCCUUACUACUGCAAAACUUGUGACAUAGGUUUUAACACUUUUGAUGAAUACAAUGAGCAUAGCAUAAGUGAUGAACAUGAAAAUAAGGAAUGUCCAUAUUGCAAGAAGAUGUACUCAACAAGAUAUUUGAAAACGCAUUUAGCUGAACACAGAAUGGAGUAUAAUUUCAUCUGUGAUGUCUGCGGAAAGGAGUUUGUAAGAAGAGCAAACUUUGCUCAACACCGGGCAAUACAUUUCCACGAUCUACCCUUUCAAUGCUCCCAUUGUCCGUACAAGGGGAGGUUCAAGGAGGCUCUAAAAAUGCAUAUGCGUUCACAUACUGGCGAAAAGCCGUACCCGUGUCCUCAGUGUCCAGCAAGAUUUGUUAGUAAGAGUAAUCUAAAUAGACACAUGCAUACACAUCAAACCGAGCCUGAACAUAAAUGUGAAACAUGCGGAAGAGGCUUCCACACUAAGCGAGAAGUGGAGGUGCAUUUUAAAGUAGAACAUAACGGUAUCAAAGACCAUGUGUGCAAUAUGUGCGGUAAAGCGUUCGGUUAUAGGAGCCAAAUGAUGAAACACCAACGUAAAGUGCAUAAACGGCAGAAGAUGAAAAGUGGAAGGACUCCAGUGUACUUGCAGGUUCAAUCAAAGGAACAAGAAUAUGCUUAGGAGUGUGAUACAGGUGCAUUGAUUUUGUAACAAUUUUAAAAUUUAAUAUGAUUAUAAAUUUUUUGCAACA